UUAUGGGUGCGGUCUCUGCUACCAUCCUGGAAUCAGAACACGCUUUGGAAGGGGUCAUGUCAGGUCCUACUCAACAUUUGAAAGAAGUUACGCCUUAAGAACCAAUGAGGAAACUAUUGAAUAUGCAAGAAGAGCAGAAGCUUCCAAUGUCAAGAAAAUGAAAGGUGUUAAAGGUUUUUCUGUGCUCUCUGAAAUUCCCAAUUUUGACAUAGUCACUCAACUUGACCCUGACUCUUUUCAUUGUUUAGUAAAUGUAGCCAAACGAUUUACUUGGUUGUGGUUUGGGAAAAGGUUUAGCGGCAAGGUCUUCAGCAUCUGUGACAAGCUAAGUGAAGCUGACGCAAGACUACUAAGCAUCACUCCUACAUCAGAUACAUCAAGAUUUCCCCGUUCACUUACAGAACGGUCAGAUUGGAGAGGGCACGAAUGGUAUCAUUGGAUCUUGACUUAUAGCAUCCCAUGUUUGAAGAAUUUACUGCCUACUAGAUAUUUUAAUCAUUGGAGUCAACUCCCCACUGGUCUUGCAUACUUAAUGCAAAAUUCUUCAGCCAAAAGUGAUGUGGGAUAUGGUGAUCGAUUUCUAGUCAAAUUUGUUUCUGAAAUUGACUAUCUAUAUGGACCAGAGCAUGUAACGUUCAGCAUUCACCUUCUCACCCAUUUGGCAAAAAGUGUGUCUGAUUUUGCCCAGCCAUUUUGUCAUUCGGCAUAUAUUUAUGAAGCCGAAAAUGCAGAGAUAAAAAGUCUUGUUAAAAGCGGCAAUGGUGCUAUCUUCCAGAUAGCCAAGGGAGUGCAACUUAAAGCAGCAGUGAAGCAAAUGGAAUAUGAUCUUAAAGACAAUAUGACUCCAAAUGAAAAUGCAUAUUUGAGAAAAAUGACAAUUUCUGUGGUCCAUCCAGUGAGCUAUUGUACAAUAGGGAAUGCAAGUCUCCUGGGGAAUCCUGACAUCAAGAUGCUGGAACACGAAGCAGUGGUGGCAUUCAGAAGAGCUCAAAUUCAACUUGACGCAACAAGAUCUCAUGCUGUUUACUUGAGAUGCUUAUUGAAUGAAGAACUUUUAUUUUCUACCAAGUACACUAAGGCACCAAAACAAAACAACUCUGUAGUUAUGUUAGAAGAUGAAUCAAUUUUUAUCAUUGAUUCAUUUGUUGUUCUGAUGGACAAAUGUUUUGCUCUUGGGUACUACAUUAUGGAGAACAAACGGCAGAAGAUUUGUGAUCCAAUGCCACCACAUAUGAAGCUACUUAAAAAUAAUCAUGAAGGUACUUUACGAUGCAUCCCAGUCUCUCACAUCGAAAGUAAACUUCUUUCAACUCUUGUUAAAAUUUCUGACGAUGAGUCCUUAAGAUUGGCUUAUAUUAAUGUUCUGUCAAUGGAGAUGCUAAAAUAGCAACUUCAAUAGCACCCACUUAAUGUCAAUGGAAUUUAUUCCAUCAGAAAGACUAAAAAUGUCCCAACAUUUUAAUGUUUGUUUGCUUUUUGUUAUUUUAAUCUCCUUGGUAGUAGGACAGCCUAGCACUGAUAGGAAAUUAGGGUAGUGACUUAAAAACGGAAACACACAAUAAGUAUACCAAUUCUAUUUCCAAAUAACUCUUUGUACAUAACAAUGUAUCAUGUUGACAAGGAAAAUUUAAAAGCUCUAGCAUAUACUUAGCAUUUUUUAAAUCUGUAUUUUUAAAUAAAAUAGAAAUUUUAUAUUUGCAAUUGCCUGUUGCCCACUUUAAUUUUUUCCUUUGCAAUCCACCCUGUGAAAUUCUAGGGAGAACCAAGUGAAGUUGACUUACUGAUGGCAAAUGACCUGCUCGCAGUCUGCUUCCUAAACUUCUUCGGAUUGAAACUGCCUCAUCAGGGAAGCAUGGCACACAAAAGACACCAGGUCUUUGGAAUGGCACUAAUAAACAAGA